GGGCUGCAUGAGUCGCGUUGUCGUAGCGCACGACAACAACACAGACGCACGUCAUCCUCCUCCACCACGAGGGACGCAUCCACCGCAUCCUCGCUGUCCGUGCACCGCAGCAUUAUGGCGACAGAGCUUCACAGCCUCCAGGAAAUGAGGCGCAGUGCUUCAUUGGUGAUGAAGGUGUUCAUACAGAGGGACUACAGCGAAGGGACCUUCUGCCGUUUCCAGACCAAGUUUCCACCUGAACUGGACAACCGGAUCGAGCGGAACUUGUUGGAGGAAACGGUGAAGACCCUAAACUCCUUCUAUGCUGAAGCUGAAAAAAUUGGUGGCCAGUCAUACCUGGAGGGAUGUCUGGCCUGUGCGACAGCCUACAUCAUCUUUCUCUGCAUGGAGACACGCUACGAAAAGGUUUUGAGGAAGGUAACGAGCUACAUCCAGGAUCAGAAUGAGAAAAUCUACGCUCCGCGAGGGCUGCUGAUCACCGACCCCGUCGAAAGGGGAAUGCGAGUUCUGGAGAUAAGCUUGUUCGAGGACCGAGGCUCAGGCAGCUCAAGCCCUUGCAGCAGCACCAUGUCGACGGGGGGCGGAACCCGAUGACUGGAGGGCCAGCGCCAGGCUUAUGGGUACCAACAUAGGGCAAUCGGGACACUCGCUAACAUCCGCAUGCUAAAACAUGAGAGCACCCGAUUCUGAGGGGUGAUUCAUGCCAAGACCUACAACAACACAACAUCUCGGUAACAGGAGGAAUGCACACCAAGUAAGAAAAAUGAAAGAUCAUGUUAACACACCAAGUAAGAAAAAUGGAAGAUGAUGUUUACAAUUAAAUGCCAGCACCGUCUUCUUUAUCCAGUUACCGUUUGUCUCAUUCUGACUUUUCCUUUUAUUUCUCAUGAGACCAUCAUGAGUUAUUGCUGAGUUAGCAGGCUUAAACCUGAUUACACUGAGUGAUAACCAGUGUUGUUAAUAACGGCGUUACAAUAUAACGGCGUUACUAACGGCGUUAUUUUUUUCAGUAAUGAGUAAUCUAAUUAAUUACUUUUCUCAUCUUGGCAACGCCGUUACCGUUACUGAGGCGGGAAAGGCGUGCGUUACUAUGCGUUACUAAGUUGGUUGAAUAAAAAAAAUCUGAGAGAACCGGACUCACGGGGACGAGAGCAGAGCAGGAGUGGGGAAGACGCCGUUGCAACCGCGAUGGUAGGUGGCUCCAAUAAUACCUGACUGCAGCCAUAGCCGACAAACUACGCCCACAUGACACGGUAGAUAUCAUAUUAUAGAACUAGAUGCAAAUGACAGACACUGCUGCAUUGCCAACAUGUUUUAAGGACUACAUGCGUUUGUAAACAGCCGCCAUCUUAAAGCAGUAGACCUCUCAGGAACUUAGGAAGGCCCUGAUGUAGAGAUCCUUCCUAGCGAACCUAAGUAUUUUUUUUUAAAUCUAAAAUGCCCCUAAAUCGGCAAAAUCUUAACUUAAAUCUAUCUUUAAAUGAUGAAACAGUUUUAAAACUUACACAUGUUUAAAGUAGACAGAAGGGAACUAAUGCAAUAACGGGAGAAAUUUUAACAACUUUAACGAUUGAUUCACAACUUUAAAUGACUUCCACAUAUAGCAAAGGUUACUAGCUAGUUAUCGCAAUACCCUUGUGUCUAGUUAAGUGGAGGGUAAAGAAUUGGGCUAGGGCCAAUUGUCCCCCAAACCCUUUAAGCUUCACAUUGUGUGACCUGUGUGUGUGUUUUUUUUUUUUUUUUUUUUUUGAGGGGGAAAAAAAAAAUCACUAGUUACUUUGCCAAGUAACUAAUUACUCUUACAUUCAGGUAACUGAGUUACUAACACAAUUACUUUUUGGGAGAAGUAAUUUGUAACUGUAAUUAAUUACUUUUUAAAAGUAAAAUUAACAACACUGCAUGGCACUAAAUGCGUUAGUAGACAGCCGCCAUCUUAAAGCAGUAGACUUUUUAGGACGGCUCUGUUGUAGAGAACCUUCCUAGCGAACCUAAGUAACUUUUUAUCUAAAAUACUUCUAAAUCGGCAAAAUCUUGACUUGAAUCUAUCUUUAAAUGAUGAAACAGUUUUAAAACUUUCAUAUGUCGAGAGAAGGGAACAAAUGCAAUAAUGGGAGCAAUUUUAACAACAGUUGAUUCAGGGUAAAGGGUAAAUUUGGGUAAAGAAUUGGGCUCGGGCCAAUUGUACCAAAAACCUUCACAAAAAACUUCACAUAGUGUGGCCAAUGUUUUUUUUUUUUUUUUUUUUUUUUUUUUUUUUUUUUUUUUUUUUUUGAGGGGAAAAAAAAAAAGAAGUAAUUAUCACCAAUUACUUUGCCAAGUAACUAAUUACUCUUACAUUCAGGUAAUUGAGUUACUAACGCAAUUACUUUUUGGGAAAAGUAAUUUGUAACUAUAAUUAAUUACUUUUUUUCAGUAAGAUUAACAACACUGGUGAUAACACUUAAUUGACUGAAGGAGAGAAGCAGUACUUUAUAUGGUGGUGCAGCAAUUCAGUUUUUCAACAGUGGAAAUUUACCACUCGCUCUUCUCCAUUCUUGUAUUCAACUGUAACUGGGUUGCGCCAAUACAUUUGGAUCACGUGGGAUUAGUUUUAUGCUUCCCAUUUAUACCAGUAACCCAUGUCAACACCAUGAA